AUGGUGAUAAAAAUGAACGGUCGGGUUCAUGCAUACGCCAUGCAGAUAGGGAAGAUCAUGCGGUUCCUUCAAGUCGAACUCGGUGAAGGUGAACCGCUCGCAUUAGGUAAUAUUUUAAAUUCUGAGCACAUGAGCAAAAGAACUGCUAAAACGGCCAGGCCGAAAUCAUCUAGGACUAAGUCCUCAAAGGAAGCCACUUCGGUUGCACCGGCUGGUGAGAGUUCGAAACAAGCUGAUCUAAAGGGAAAGGCUAUUCAAACCGAAGUCCUGCAGAAAAGGGGAAGGCCGAUCCCGCUCAACACUGUCCGCCCAAACGAAGCCGAUUCCCCUUCAUCGAGGCAAGCCGAACCCUCUGGGAGCCAAGAAACUCAUUCCAAAUCAAAGGAGAAUCCGACUGCGGAGGUUAUUGCUCAAUCCGAAAACUCCAAAUCUCCAACAAAGAACAUCGACGAUAUAAUCGACGAUGUGGGAUUGAGAACCUUAGAGGUUAUAGAGGACGUAGUCCAAACAGUCAUCCAUGAAACCGAAGACGAUGUGACAAGUCUUCUCCAGCAAUCUGAUCAGGUUGAAGUAAUCGGUCAACCUGAAAUCCAUCCGGUCGAAGAAACGGCCAACUUAGAAAACAUCACCCCUCCGGCUCAGGAGGGAAACAACAAAGAAAAGGAACCAUCCGGUUCGGUUGGGGACAAAUCCAUCCCAACUGAAUCAACUCUUCAACUGGCUCAAGACGGGCCGACAAACCCACCGAUCACACCUGAAGGUCCAUCUCAGGUUAACAAAGGUAAAGAAGUUAUGAUUGAGGACUCUCUAGUGCAAGGAGACAAUGAAACCAAACCCGGACAAACUGAAAUUGUGCCAGAAGCCGAGGUCUCUAUCUCAGCAGAAGAAGAGGCAGAAAUGUUCCAAAAUUUCAUCCGGGAUAUGAACAAGGAAGCUGAAGAGUUGGCCACCCCUUAUCACCUAUGGGAGAAACUCGUAGCUCUGGAAGAAGAAGCUCUCAAGGUCACGGGUACUUAUGUAAUCCAAGCCGCAUAUCCUAAAACUCUUGUGAUGGAGGAAUACGCAAAGCUGCAAGCGGUAAAUUAUGCCAUGAAGAAGGUAGAAGGAGUAGAACUAACUCCAAUGGAGUUGAAAAUGUUUGAGCGGUUUCAGACAGUACGGAAUGAUCUUGCACGAAAUGUUGACAGGCUCGAGGCAGAAUGGAGAGAAGAAUGCAAAAAUCUUGUGCUGCAUGCUGAUCAGUUCCAAAGCAAACCAAUUUUCAAUACCGGAGAAUCCUCCAAGACAGUAGAAAACCGGAGCAGAGUUCCACCCAUUGCUACAAAUGCCAAAAUUGCAACAGUUCAAACCAAUCUUAUUGAAAUAGUUCGGGCAUCUAUUCACUCUGAGAUUGUCGAAACGGUUCAAACAUCGAUCAAGACAAUGAUUGACGAGUCUGUCAAAACCGCAACCGCUCCUCUACUUGAAAUGAUGCAAGCUAUGACAGCUCAGAUUGAGGAGUUGUCUAAGUUGCAAGCUGAUAGAACUCAAGAGCAGAUUUGUGCAGAUGCCGAAACAACUCAGAGAAUUCAAGACGAAGAAGAUGCCAGGGAACGGUUAAGAAAAGAAACCGAAGACAAGGACCACGAGUUGGCCAAGAAAUUCAAUGAAGAAGAAAAAGGCGAUCAACCAGAAUCCACAUCAGUACAAGCCUCACACUCAAUGAAGACAAGAAACAAGAAUAAAAGAAAUAAGAUUGUGAGCUUGCUGCAUCAGGUGGAACAAAGCGAAGAAGAGGAAGAUGCUGCACGACUUAACCCGCGGAAGAAGAAAGCAGUUGAGACAUCAACCGCAUCUCCAAGUUCCGGUCCGACUGUUGCCCAAUCAUCUCGUCCACCCAGACCAGUAGGCGGUGCCUUCCGGUUCAACCAGCGAACUCCCGGUAUAUCAAGUGUAUUUACCGGAUGGCGCAUUGAUGCGGAAAGAAGAGAAAGGGAAUGGAAGGAGAAAGAGGAGGAGGAAAGGAGAAAAGAGAAAGAAAAUGGGGGAUCAUCCAACCUUUAG